GCGAAAACAGGUUGGUGCUUUUUUUUGUGAUAACAAAAAUAAUAUGAUUCCUUUCCUCUGAACUUGUUAUAUUUAGACUCCACUACAAAACUUUACUUCUAUAAAUAUCAACAAACUACUACAAAACUGCACUAUAUCAAAAUUGUGUCAUCUGUAAAACAAAACUAUACUCCAAAGCAUUCUGGGCGUGCCACUAAUCCAAACAGUCAUAAUCAAUAUAGGAAUACAGCCCAAGAAGAGUCCGCAAAUCCGCAGCAAUGGCGUCUUACAAGGAGCGACGCGCGCAGCGUGAUUCCAUGAAGAGCGUGAACUUGGCAAACCGACGGGAGCACUUCAGAAACACGAGAGGUGGCAGAGAACGAACGCCAAUUAUGCUGGGUUUAGGUUGUCAGAGUGAGAUAUUAUACUUGUAGAAGAAUAGAAAUUAAAAUUAUCACCCAUGCAACAUUGUUGUAAGCUAAGUACAAGCUACGCUAACCCAAGCAGCUACUGUAUUGUAAGUUGCAAGUAGCUAGUACUGACAAAGAGUCUAUGUUAAACUAACGCAAGUGCUGCUUCCAUAGCUCUAGAGCACACAGGAAGUUGAAUAUCUUCGUUUUGCUAACAUCAUAAUAAACCCCCAAGAUACUUAUUCAAGAAAUUUCUAAAUAGCCCCGAAGAUCUCUAUUCCAUCCGGCAUGAGCAUCCUAGAAAUUAGAAUUCUGAACCCCGAAGAUCUAAAUUCCGAAACCAGCAUCCUAGGUCCUCUCCUGGUCUAGCAAGGGAAGCAACUCAGAACGACGGACUUUCGGACGAGGAAAACACAGUAUCGAAGGUACUCGCGAUCCUUCUCCGACAUGGGAUCUCCGACGCUUACAAACGUGCGCCGUAUCGAGAACCAGUUAGGAUUUAAUGUGUCGAUUACUGAAGUCUAUGAUAGAUCAAUCUGUCUACAACUGACGACGUCGAAAUUUUUUUUUGCAAUUUUUAUGAAGGAGAAGAGAGUUCUUAACUACCUCUAACUAUGAGAGUAAGAGCAAGCAAGUGGGGCAGUGUCUUUAUCUUAUCUUUAACGACCGAUCACUGAUACUUCACCUAGAAUGAUACUACUAGGGUGCUAGGAAAGGCACUAUCAGGGGCAUACGCAUGACAUACUUCUAGAAUGACCAAUAUAGAGUCUAAUCUCAACUACUACGAUGAAAGCGGUUUUGUUCCUGUGGAAUGGUUGUGCAACAUGGUGGCUGGUACUUUGAAUCAUUUCAACGUGGGAACCAUACUCAAGAUAGUGGAACGCAGCGUCAAGAACGAGGAUGGUAUUGGUGGUAACUAAUGAAGCUUCAUAAAGUAGUAGCGUAAAAAAGAAAGCGGACGGUAUCGAUUAGACGCAAAUCUUUGAUCUGGAAUCGGAAUUGUACAUCUACUCUGCUCUACUACUGAUAGUUUAUGACGAUAUUACUUACUUAAAUGCUGUUUCGAAAUGUUGACUAAUAGUUUAUGACGAUAUUACUUAAAUGCUGUUUCAGCAUGUUGACUAAGUACUAUUUUUUAAUCAUAAACACUGCGUUGACAAUGCAGACUGACGCAUUUCUCUCCUACUUGCGCUACCUACUAUUCUCUACUUUGUUGAAGUACAUAGAAUAAACACGUAAAAGUUCUUCUUCUCUCCCAUCCUCAAGUAUACGAUAUGCACAACUACGUGACAGUCUCACAUAAAACUACUGCACAGAGGAUGUCGGAACUGCGCUGGGCGGAAGAUUUGAGAUUGCAAAUAUUCCUGAAGCAGGAAAAGAGAGCUUAUUCAUUCGUGCGACUGUUAUGGUUUUGCAUGGCCUGGGCCUAUUCUUUCUGUGACUAAGGAAGCCCAUAUCAUUUGUUCUUAAAAAAGAGUCCGUUUCUAAAACAACACGAGAAAGCAUAAUAAAAACGAGAUGAAAUUAUAUAUAACUAAGUUACUUUACGUUUACAGCCUUCUAUGUAGUCUAUGAUUAGAAAUUUCCUCUAAGACCAGAAAGCAUAGCGUGGGAGAUGACGAGCUGCCUUGGGCUUCCGUAAAGCA